CGACUUCACAACAAUUCAAAACCCAACCACUUCUUUCAAUAAACAUCAUCAGACUGCGUCGCGUACCAAAGGAACGGUGCAACGAUGACAUGAAGUGACUGUUGGUGUGCCAACUUGAGACUCAAAGCUGGUCUAUCGUUCUGUCUCUUCAAAGCAUGCCACGCGCCUUUCCGCCCGCCAACGACCUCGUUUUCUCGCCCGGCUAGGAACUCGAAAAUAUGGAGGUUGCCAACGGUGGCUCUUCGGCCCAGAGCCAGAAUGGCUCAUCUGAAAGCAACAGCGGAUACAAACUCAAGUUUUGCACUGUAUGUGCUAGUAACAACAAUCGGUUCGUAGAUGCGUGUCUCAUUUCCGACAGUCUUUGUGCUAAUGUUCAUCCUGAAGCUCCAUGGAAGCACAUUUACGGCUAUCCCAGGCUGACUAUCCUGUCAUCUCCUUCGGCACUGGUUCUCUCGUCCGUCUGCCUGGGCCUACCAUUACCCAACCUAAUGUGUAUCACUUUAACAAAACCUCUUAUGACAGUAUGUUCAAGGAGCUUGAAUCCAAGGAUGCUCGGCUGUACAAGAACAACGGCAUCCUUAACAUGUUGAACCGUAACCGUGGCGUCAAAUGGGGCCCAGAACGCUGGCAAGACUGGCAAGUUGGUGUACCUCGCCUGCAACAUGCUAAGGACCGUGGCAGCGAGGGUACUGAAGGUGGUCUAGUCGAUGUUGUCAUCACCUGUGAAGAGCGAUGCUGGGAUGCUGUUGUCGAUGAUCUCCUUAACAGGGGUUCACCACUCAACCGACCUGUCCAUGUCAUCAAUGUCGAGAUCAAGGAUAACCACGAAGAGGCCGCCAUUGGUGGGCAGGGUAUCUUGGAUCUUGCGAACUCUCUCAACGCGGCUGCUCGUGAAGAGCGUGACGCUGUUGGUGCUUCGUCCUUUGACAAUGGUUCUGCCUCAAGCAGAGCUUCCUUUGAUGAGCGAGUACCUGAUAUUCUGGCUUCAUGGCAGGAAAGGUGGCCCAAUCUGCCAGCGACCUGGACUGUUGCUUGGUUCUAAUCCGCGUAAAACCACAAUCAUACUACACAUCUUGUGAUUCGACUGCAAUACCACACGACGAAGGCCUCGAGUGCUGAAGUAAUCCAGCAUCUCGGUAGGCGGUAUACGCAAGUUUGCAAAGAUAUAGAUCUAUCCCCGGGAUGGACAGUAGGAUGAACUUGAGUGGCUUGGGGGGAGAGAUUUGCUUCUUGCUUUUAAUCGUAGAUACCCGAGACCCGGUACAGUCGGAGUUGAGUUUUUUUGUGACAAGCCAUGAGGCCGCCAACAACCCGCUAGGAAGGGCUUUCGUUGCCUUUGCAUGAUGCUCAGAUGCUGAAGACGGACUAAAGGGCUCAGCCCUUCACAUGUCACUAUUAUCACAAAUCCAUGCGCAGCUGAAUAUGGAUAAUACCUCAUCACGGUUCACCCAACCUUCCCAUUGCCGGCCAUUCCGUUACUAUCCCCGAAGGAGUUUCGCGAUCAAGGAGAUCCUGUUCGGUUGCUCAAGGGACCCCCACAGUGUAUUAGGCGCAUACCUUUCAAAGGCAGAUAAGAAGUGUCGAUCACAAACCGGCUUCAAAAUUAUAUGAAGAUUGUCCAGGCUGCAUGGAUAGUGAGCGUUUCAGGGAAGACUGAUCAAGAUUGAUCUCGUUCAAAUCGGAAAAGGUUUUGAACUCGAUCACACAAUAGAUGGCGCUGGCGAUCAUUUUAGCACAGCUACUUGUAGUUAUGUACGAUUCAUGUAAAGCGGCCAAGGGGAGGCAAGAAAACUUCAGACCUCUAUCCUAAGUGAUAAAAAGACUUAGGCCUUAAAUUAGAUAUUUUUGGCACCUUGAUUUCACGUCCGAAGUUUUCUUGCUCCCCAGGGACGACAUUUGUAACUGGUAUAGCGAUGCUGAUGUGUUGACUCUCC